GCAAAACACAACAAUUUCAAAAUAAUUUUUAUUCUUCUGAGCUCUCAAAACUCAGCCAUGGAGAAAACAGUUCCCGCGCUAAAUGAAAAAAUCUCAGCCCUAAAUUGCAUCGAUCUCUCUACCUCCGAUGUUAAUCAGUCAAUUAAUUUGCUCAAACAGGCGUGUUUGGAUUGUGGAUUCUUUUACGUGAUAAAUCACGGAAUAAGCGAAGAAUUUAUGGAAGAAGUGUUUAGAGAGAGUAAGAGAUUUUUUGAGCUGCCAAUAACUGAAAAAAUGAAGGUUUUGAGGAAUGAGAAGCAUAGAGGUUACACUCCUGUUCUUGAUGAGCUUUUGGAUCCUGAUAAUCAAGUCCACGUAGGAGAUUAUAAAGAGGGAUACUACAUUGGAGUUGAAGUGCCUGAAGAUGAUCCUGAAGCUGAUAAACCUUUUUACGGACCGAAUGUUUGGCCUGAUGCCGCUCUUUUGCCUGGUUGGAGGCAAACAAUUGAGAGGUUUCAUCAAGAAGCAUUAGAGGUUGCAAGAAAAGUUGCAAGGAUCAUAGCACUUGCGCUUGAUCUAGAUGCUGAUUUUUUUGACAAACCGGAAAUGCUUGGCCAGCCAAUUGCAGUCAUGCGUUUGCUGCGCUAUGGAGCUUAUGUUUCUGAUCCAUCAAAAGGAAUAUUUGGAGCUGGAGCUCAUUCUGACUAUGGUUUGAUUACCCUUUUAGCCACAGAUGAUGUUUCUGGCCUCCAAAUAUGCAAGGAUAAGGAUGCUCAACCUCAAGUAUGGGAAAAUGUAGCACCAUUAAAAGGCGCAUUUAUAGUUAAUCUUGGGGAUAUGUUGGAGCGCUGGAGCAACUGUAUUUUCAGGUCCACUCUGCAUAGAGUUGUAGGGAACGGUCAAGAGAGAUAUUCGAUAGCAUAUUUUGUGGAACCUAGUCACGAUUGUCUAGUUGAGUGCUUGCCUACAUGCAAGUCAGAGAACAAUCCUCCCAAAUAUCCACCAAUCACUUGUGGGACUUACCUAAGCCAAAGGUAUAAGGAUACUCAUAGUGAUUUGAAUAAAUACAGUAAACCUCAAAUUUGAUGCCGCGCAAGUUUAUGAUUCUAAUUAUAAGUGUGAAUCUAUGGUUGUGUUCUGAUCAGCAGUUCCCUUGAAAUAAAUGAGGAGCUGAUAAAUUAUAGGAUUCACGUCCCCUUGAAUGUGCUGUAUUUGUAGCUGAACGUGAAUUUGUAUGUAUGUAAGUGUAAUUUAGCAAUAAAUUUUGAUUGUUUGUAGGCUUCGAAUGAGCAAUUGCUCUCUGAUCUAUCAAGUGUAUAUGCAUAAAUAUGAAUUCCGAUAGAGCUGUACAACUCUUUUGAGGCCAUUGUUUCUUUAAA